AACUUUGAAAUGCAAAUUCUAAAAAUCUCUCGCCGCGUGGAGGUCACGCUCCGGCACAACUCCUUACGAAGUAAAGGCCCAUCGCGACCCCAGUCGUGUAUUGCACGCCAGCCACAAAGCUUUUAAAGCUCCUCGGCUUAGCAAUGGCGUCGCCCUCAUCUUCUUCCUCUACUUCCUCUGCACAUAGAGCUGGAGAGUUGCAGGGCUCCGGAAUGCUCUCCAAGGAACAGCUGCUUCAUCUCUUCGACCGCUUCUCCUUCCUCACCUCUCUGCCCGAUGUUAAGAAGCGGAUUGCUGAUGCUGUGCAGGACAAACAAGAAGCUGUUGCUGUAACUACAGCCAUCCAAGAAGAGAUUUUUCAGGAGAUGGGUACUGAUCCAAGGUUUGGUAUAGCAUGUCUUGGAAAAGUGAAUAUGGUUUAUGAGAGUGACCAGGACUUGAUGAUUCAGUUCUAUAAAUUCAUUGCAAGAGAAGAAAUGGCCUGUGAUGAAGCUGAGAUAGGACCUGAUGAGUUUGCAGAAAGAAUGCAUUAUCAUCAAAAACUGCAGGAGCAGCAACUGGAGAUGCUGGAGCAAAUGCGCAAAUUUCACCUAGAUGAUCAAUCAGUAAUACUAGAAAAGUUGUGCCAUCAGUUGGAAAGUGCCAACUUCGAGAAUGAAGCGUCUGUACUGUCAUCGGAAGAAAUACAAGAGAUUGUUCGAAGGAAGGUCUCGCCUCUAUUUAAGCCCAGAGGAGCAGGCUGAUAUGAAUUAUGCUCUGAUGACUUUUGGAAGCCUGCUGGCUCUGUUCAUCUCUCUCUUCGCAGCUCGUACAGUCGUCAACCUUUUCUAUCGAUCGAAUGUCCAAGCUUCUGUACUUCAGGGCGCAUUGAACAGUUCAUAUAUCUAACACCAUGAAACGACUAAACACGUAUCAGUUUAAAUUCGAGUGUUGUAUAUCUAUUGCACUUCAGUAUGGACGUGAGACUCUGGUACUGUAAUGCGAGAAAGCAUCCGAUAUUAGUAGCCAUUCACUAUAUGCCUCAAUAUUUUGAUUA